AAUAUAAUAUAACAAACUGACAUGAAAACUGUACGUCACGUUUUAGUCGGCGUAUUUUUUUUUGCAUAUUUACAAGUUUAGUUGUGUUUAUUAUUAAUUAAUGAAAGAGCGCAUUCGCGUCUAAUUAUUACACAGCCAUGUAUUCGCGCCACUUUGUGAUCGUAGCAUUAGUUUUCUUACAAAUCGUAGAUUUUAUACAAGGCGAAUGGAACACGAAGGACUUCAUGAAAAGGGAGCAUUCUUUAGUUAGGCCUUAUCAGACUGCUGGCCUGCAGAUUCCUUAUUGGGACUUUGGGGGCAACACAAUGGUGACAAACGAGUACAUAAGAAUCACACCCGAUAAACAGUCAAUGUCCGGCUCUCUGUGGAAUUCAGUGCCUGUGAAAGCGAAAAAUUGGGAACUGCAGGUGCAGUUCAAAGUGCACGGAAAAAGCGGAAACCUGUUUGGCGAUGGUUUCGCCAUUUGGUACGCGAAAGAUCGAAUGGAAGAUGGACCCAUCUUCGGUAGCAAGAACUUGUUUCACGGUUUGGCCAUCAUCCUGGACACUUACAGUAAUCACAAUGCGGCUCACAACCACCAGCAUCCUUACAUCUCGGCUAUGGUUAACAACGGCACAUUGAACUAUGACCACGAUAUGGAUGGCACCCAUACGCAGUUGGCUGGAUGCGAGGCCAAGUUCCGGAACUUGGAUCACGACACUCACGUAUCCAUCAGAUACGAAAAGGACACAAUUACUGUUAUGACCGAUUUCGAUAACAAAGCCGCUUGGAAGAUGUGCUUUACUGUGCCUGGAGUAAAGUUACCUACCGGCUACCAUUUUGGUAUUUCCGCCAAAACCGGACAACUCUCUGAUAACCAUGACAUCCACUCUAUUCGUCUAUUCGAAUUGGACCUUCCUGACGAUGUCCAAAAUCAAGAGGACCGUUCGCAGAUCGUGCCAUCAGCGACGUUCUUCGAAUCGCCCAGAGAUCACGUGGAUGAUCCAAAGCCAUCAUCUUUGGGAGGAUUUAAAUUGUUCCUGCUGAUGCUCAUCGGCGCCCUGGCAAUCCUUGCGUGCGUCGUGAUCGGUAUUAUGUUCUACCAGCAACAGCAGCAAACGAGAAAACGUCUUUACUGAUUCAAAUAUUUAUAUAAAAAUUAUUAAUACCGAAAGAGACAAAGGCAAAAGCAUCUAGUAAGUGCAGAAACAAAACACACAAAAAAAGGCCCAUCUAGUCUUUUGUUCGUUUCUCUACGUUUUGUUUGUUUUCUACGUGUGAACUAAAGUUCGAAAUUGUUCUUUUAUUUUGUAAUCGAGAAUUAAAUUGUUUUUUUUUCUGUGUGUGGGCCAAAUAAAAUACGUUCUUUUUAUUUAU